GCGUGAGAAGCCCAGGGGCAUUGGGCAAUCGUGGUUUCCUCCUGGCUCACAGGACCCAACGGUGCCAGCCCAGCCCCAGGCGUCUUGGGGCCUCAUCCGCUCAGGCAUGGAGGAGACAGUUGUGAGGCCCUCGGUGUUCGUGGUGGAUGGACAGACGGACAUCCCGUUUACGAGGCUGGGGCGCAGCCGCCGGAGACAGCCCUGCAGUGCUGCCCGGCUGGGCCUGGGCCUCCUGCUGCUGCUGUUGGCGGCAGGACUGGCCAUCCAGGGCUGGUUCCUGCUGCACCUGCACUGGCGCCUGGAGGCGAUGGUCACCCCCCUGCAGGACAGAGGUGCAGGAUCCUGGCAGCAGCUGGUGCAAGAGCGGAGGCCCCAGCAGGCCAACCCAGCAGCACACCUCACAGGGGCCAACUCCAGCCUGACGGGCAGCGGGGGCCCACUGUUGUGGGAGACUAAACUGGGCCUGGCCUUCUUGAGGGGCCUCAGCUACCGGGACGGUGCCCUGGUGAUCGCCCAGGCCGGCUACUAUUACAUCUACUCCAAGGUGCAGUUGGGCGGUGUGGGUUGCCCCCAGGGGCUGACCGGCGGCCUGCCCAUCACCCACGGCCUCUACAAGCGCACCACCCGCUACCCCGAGGAGCUGGAGCUGCUGGUCAGCCGGCGGUCACCCUGCGGGCGAGCAAGCAGCCCCCGGGUCUGGUGGGACAGCAGCUUCCUGGGCGGAGUGGUCCACCUUGAUGCCGGAGAGGAGGUGGUGGUGCGCGUGCCUGAUGAGAGCCUGGUCCGAGUCCGCGAUGGCACGCGCUCCUACUUCGGGGCGUUCAUGGUGUGAAGGAAGGAGUCGGGGUGGAUUGAACAGGGCUCCGUCUGACAUGCAGAGACCUCAGAGGAUGCCUCUGGAGACAGGAAACGCAACAAACAGAGAUUUGGGAGCGUGCCCAGGGGAACCUCAAACUCGACAGAUGGAGAGCUCACAGCGGGGGACCACUGGGUUCCGUGGGGGACCACUGGGGCCAAGAACCCAGCUGUCCCAAGAGGUUAAAGACCCGGCAGGUACCUCUGAAGAACCAAAGGAGACGACACACCCUGCCACGGACAACACUGAAGACACAGACCCCGAGGCUUGGGGGGUCUGUCAGCCCCCAAGCAGGGGUCAAGCUAAUCUGCCUGAUAUUCAGGACGAAGGGGUGAGGGGUGGGUAUUUAUACUUUUGAGUCAGAGCAAAGUGGGACAUGGGGGUCCAGGGAGUUGGCUGAGAACAGGAAACGCUUUCCACUCUCACAAGUAUGAGUGGAAAGUGGGGUACUUAUCAUCAGGACCCACACCGUGGCCAGCCCAGCCCAGCCCCACCCAUGGUCAUGGUCAUGGUCAUAUGCCCAAGUCCCACCCACGGGUUGUGGCCACACCAUAUCCUGGCCACAAAGUUCCACGCAGAGAUGCAGGCAUGGGGAGGUACUGGUAGAUGUUUAACAACCAGCUCUCCCGGGAGGGUAGAGGCUUUGUAGUGUUUGCUGAUUUCCAUGGUGUAAAUAUUCCCACUGUGGCUGGUUUCUGGCUCCCAUAUAUAUCAUCAGGUAGUUGGCUGUAUCCCAGCACUGCUAAGCUCUCACAUUCCAUCAGGACAGCGACGCUGUUCCCCACCUGAGCCAGAGCCUGGUACACGGACACUUGGAAAAUGGUUGCAGAAAGAAAAAGAAAAAGAGAGAAAGAGAGAGAGAAGGGAAGGAGGGAAGGUGGGAGGGAGGGAAGGAGGAGGGAAGGAAGGAAGGAAGAAAGAAAGAAAGAAAGAAAGAUAGAAGGAAAGAAAGAAAGAGAGAGAAAGAGAGAAGAAAGAAAGAAAGAGGAAGAAAGAAAGAAAAAGAAAGAAAGAAAGAAAGAAAGAAAGAAAGAAAGAAAGAAAGAAAGAAAGAAAGAAAGAAAGGGAAAGAGAGAAAGAGAGAGAGAGAGAAAGAAAGGAAGGAAGGAAGGAAGAAAGGAAGGAAAGAGAGAGAGAAAGAAAAGUGAAAGAAAGGUGGAACGAAAGAAAGAGAAAAUGAAAGAAAGAAAGAAACUACCAUCAUAGAGAAUCACAGCCCCACAAGCUCAGUCCACUCCUUCACAACCACAGACUGCAUCACAAACCCUCAGUCACAAAUGCUGCAUUACAACCACAUAGGACACAGUCACACACAAGUCAUCAUCACAGCCUCCAUCACCCACACAGGCCAUUCAGUCACACCAUGUGUGACACAUGGGAUGCAGUGCUUCUCACAUCAGGAUUCCACAUGUCGUACCAUGGUCACACCCAUCACACACACAUGGCAUCACAAUGACAAACACACAGACACACACACAAGCACAACUGAAAGUUCCUCCUAGCCAAAACAUACAAACCCUGGGGUGAGGACCAGAUUUAUUCUGUAGUCCUGGGCCCCUUGACCACUGGUCUUGGAAAUAAAUGAUGAACUUUGCACCUGGGUCCAUCUAGUUCUUAGGGGAAGGGUAGCUCAGGGAGGCACAAGGAUAGAUGGGAGACCCACAGGGGUCACUUUUAUAGCUGAGAAAUCUGAACCCAGCUGACCCAACUCCAUGCAGGAAGCUUAGCGGGGAAACUAAAGACCUGAUGCCCAGGUCUGCCUUAGCCCCAAA